AGAAGAACCGAUGGAGGGAAAGAAGAGGAGACCGGUGGCCGCCGCCGCCUGGGUGCUCGUCAUCCUGCUGUCGGUCCAGCAGCAGCAUGUCCUGCCGGUGGCCGACGCCGCGUCGGCGUUCUGCCAUUGCUACGCCAGCUGCUACCCGGACUGCAGGGCCAACCACGGCCGGGCGUUCUGCAAGGUGUCCUGCGGCUGGCUGUGCGUCGCCGGCGACCAGGCCGGGGGCGGGUGCCCGGGGGUCUGCCAGCAGGCCUCGCUCUGCGGCACCGUCGUCGCCGCCGAUGGUGAUGGCGGUGAGCCAGGUGCCGCUGAUGCCGCGGCGGCUUGUGCGGAGGACUGCGCCAGAGUACUUGAAGGCCAAGCAGGGCUGAGUAUAAGAGUGCUGGAGACAUAAAUUGGG